GUUAUACGGCUGCGCCGCCUCUUUACCAGUGUAUUAGAUCACCAGCUUUGUCCCUUGCCUUCAUUCAUCACCCCCUUAUGGCUGACGCUCUCCUUUCUAUCGUCUUGACGCGCUUGGCUUCCGUUGUUGAACAACAGAUUCGUGAUGAACUUACUCUGGUUCUGGGUGUUGAAGCAGAAAUCCAAAGCCUCACAGAUACACUCCGAUCCAUCCGAGAUGUUCUUGAGGAUGCAGAGCGCAGACAAGUAAAGGAAAAAUCUGUCCAAGGUUGGUUGGAGAAGCUGAAAGACAUGGCCUACCAAAUGGACGACGUGGUGGAUGAGUGGAGCACUGCUAUUCUCCAAUUACAGAUCGAGGGAGCUGAAAAUGCUUCCAUGUCUAAGAAGAAGGUAAGCUCCUGCAUUCCCUCCCCUUGCUUUUUUCUCAAGCAAGUUGCUUCUCGUCGUGAUAUUGCUCUUAAGAUUAAGGGCAUUAAACAACAACUAGAUGUCAUUGCUAGUCAAAGAAGCCAGUUCAAUUUUAUCUCCAGUUUGAGUGAGGAACCACAGCGAUUUAUAACUACCUCUCAACUUGAUAUUCCGGAGGUAUAUGGUCGGGAUAUGGAUAAAAACACCAUAUUAGGCCAUCUGUUGGGUGAGACUUGUCAAGAGACCGAAUCUGGGCCCCACAUCAUCUCCAUAGUUGGGACUGGAGGCAUGGGCAAAACAACGCUUGCUCAACUAGCCUACAACCUCCCGGAGGUGAAGGCCCAUUUUGAUGAAAGAAUUUGGGUCUGUGUCUCCGAUCCCUUUGACCCAUUCAGAAUUUUUAGGGAGAUUGUUGAAAUCCUCCAAGGAGAAUCUCCUAAUCUCCAUAGUUUGGAAGCUUUACAACAAAAAAUUCAAACAUGUAUUGCUGGAAAGAAGUUCCUUAUUGUGCUAGAUGAUGUGUGGACUGAAAACCAUCAAUUGUGGGGACAACUGAAGAGCACUCUCAAUUGCGGAGGUGUUGGGAGUAGAAUUCUGGCGACCACACGUAAGGAGAGUGUUGUUAAGAUGGUGGGAACUACAUACACGCAUUCCUUAGAGGAAUUGUCCCGGGAGCAAGCUCGGACAUUAUUCCAUCAAAUAGCUUUCUUUGAAAAGAGCAGGGAGAAAGUGGAAGAAUUGAAAGAAAUUGGUGAGAACAUAGCAGACAAAUGCAAGGGCUUGCCACUCGCUAUAAAAACUUUAGGGAAUCUCAUGCGUUCAAAACAUAAUAGGGAAGAAUGGGAGAAUGUUUUGUGUAGUGAAGUAUGGAAGCUGGAUGUGUUUGGAAGAGAUAUUUCCCCUGCUUUGUUGUUGAGUUAUUAUGAUCUGCCCCCUGCAAUUAAACGCUGCUUCUCAUUUUGUGCUGUUUUUCCAAAAGACUCGGUUAUUGAGAGAGAUGAGCUGAUCAAGUUGUGGAUGGCACAAAGCUAUCUCAAAUCUGAUGGGAGUAAAGAGAUGGAGAUGGUUGGUAGAGAGUACUUCGAAUAUUUAGCUGCUCGGUCUUUCUUCCAAGAUUUUGAAAAAGAUGAUGAUGGUAAUAUAAUAGGUUGUAAGAUGCAUGAUAUAGUGCAUGAUUUUGCUCAAUUUUUUACUCAGAAUGAAUGCUUUAUUGUGGAGGUUGACAACCAAAAAAAGGGGAGUAUGGACUUAUUCUUCCAAAAGAUUCGUCAUGCCACCUUAGUUGUCCAAGAGAGUACCCCUAAUUUCGCCUCCACUUGUAACAUGAAGAAUCUUCACACCCUCUUGGUUAGGGAAGCAUUCAAGUCAAGAUUGCUUGAAGUCCUCAGGCAUUUGACAUGUCCUAGGGCAUUGGAUUUGAGCAGCAAUCAUUUGACAUGUCUUAGGGCAUUGGAUUUGAGCAGCAAUCAGUUGAUUAAGGAAUUUCCUGAGGUAGGAAAAUUGAUACAUUUAAGGUACCUUAAUGUAUCAAAUUGUAGGGGAUUGACGAAGUUGCCUGAAACAAUUUGUGAUUUAUAUAAUUUGCAAACCUUAAAAAUUAAAGAAUGUUCCAGUCUUCAGAAACUACCACAGGCAAUGGGUAAACUAAUUAAUUUGAGGCAUCUUGAAAAUUCUAAUACUUGGAGUCUAAAGGGCUUGCCAAAAGGAAUUGGAAGAUUAAGCUCUCUUCAGACACUAGUUGUUUUCAUCGUGAGUAGUCAUGGCAAUGAUGAAUGCCAAAUAGGAGACCUGAGAAACUUGAACAACCUAAGAGGAGAUCUUUCCAUUCAAGGGUUGGGUGAAGUGAAAGAUGCAGGGGAGGCAGAAAAAGCAGAAUUGAAGAAUAAGGUACACCUCCAAUAUUUGAGAUUGGAAUUUGGUGGAGAGGAGGGGACCAAGGGUGUGGGUGAAGCUUUACAACCCCAUCCAAACUUGAAAUCUCUAGAUAUAUUCAAUUACGGUGAUAGAGAGUGGCCCAAUUGGAUGAUGGGUUCAUCAUUAGCUCAACUGAAAAUACUUGUCCUCAACUCUUGCAUAAGAUGUCCAUGUUUGCCUCCUUUGGGGCAACUGCCUGUCCUUGAGAAGCUGGAUAUAUGGGAUAUGGUUGGUGUGAAAUACAUAGGUAGUGAGUUUUUGGGAUCAUCAUCAACAGUAUUCCCAAAGCUGAAGGAAUUGGUUAUUUUAUGUUUAGAUGAAUUGAAGCAAUGGGAAAUAAAAGAAAAAGAAGAGAGGUCAAUAAUGCCAUGUCUCAAUCACUUGAUUAUGAGAGGCUGCCCAAAGCUGGAGGGACUGCCGGACCACGUGCUCCAGAGGACAACAUUGCAGAUAUUGAACAUCAAAUAUUCUCGUAUUCUGGAACGACGCUAUCGAAAGGAUAUCGGAGAGGAUCGACACAAAAUAUCUCAUAUCCCAGAAGUCAAAUAUUCACGGGACUGAAUGGUCAUCACGCUUCACCUCAUGUCGCUCUUGUUACAGAGAAACAAGUUCAAAUAAAGAGGAGAAAAUUCCCAACACCUAUGUAUUGUGAAGUUGUCUAUGAAUCAAUUUCAAAUUGGUGAUUUGUAAAUUAUUUUUCUCUUUUUCUUUUCCCCUUUUAUUGGUUUGCCUAUAUAUGUAAGAAUGUGUAAACUUCAACUUUAUUGUUUGGAUUUAUUUCCUACAACAUAAAUGGUUUGCGAAUGAUGGGAACUUGCAUGCAUGCAUGCAUGAUGUUUCUUCUGAUUUGUUGUAAGGACAUAUCUAUUGUUAACCUAAUGGAUGAAGUGGGUUACUUCUGAUUUGUUUUA